GCGGCACUGUGCCUCCUCCGUCCGCAGUCAGCAUGGCUUCUAAGGCAGAGGCGACCCCGAAGCAUGGCUCUCCGGACUUAACCAAACCCGCGGCACCGUAUCCUGACCCUGAGCCCAGUGAGCCACCCAAACCCCACAAGACUGAGGAACCCAAGUCAGCGGUGCGAGCGGUAAAGCCGGGAGAGGACGCCAGUUUCUAUCUCCGCACGGAACCUAAGGUAGUCAAGUGCACCUGGGAACGGUUCAAAAACCGGUUCCAAAAUGCGGACAAGACAGGCUUUGAGAUCGCCACCAUCGAGCUCCUGAUGACGAGUGAGACUCUCGACGAAGAUAUAGAGGCGGAGCGUCUGAGACGCAUGGACAAGGAAAGGAGGGAGAAGCACCUGAACGGACACAGACGCCCCACGCAGCCCAGGCAUGCCGCGACGUGGACGACCGGGCUUGAGUUUGAACGCAUCCGGAUCAACUCCUCCAUCGUCAAUACAUACCUUGCUCGCGUCAGCGGUAACAGCUCGUGGCCCCUCAAACCCCACACCUUCCUGAUUCCAUUUGCCUUCCUGAUCCAUAACCAGGACAUGAUGCGGGCAGAAUUGAAGAAGCUAAAGGUCAGAUUCGGCGUCCCACAUUCCCACCACAGGGAGGCGACAGUCCAGCCACGCGAGAUUGGGCCACCUACCAAGGAGAAGGCUUUAGAGGAGGCAAUGGUGUCCAGCGAUGCAUAUCAGCAGAUGAAGUGCUACGUCGAGUUUGUUGAUACUACUCUGAUAAAGCACUACAACCAGUUCGACGAAGCCAACCACAACAAGCCCAAGAAUAUCAGAUUCGACGAUCUCUGGUGUCUCUUUCGCUACGGCGAGCUUCUCUGUCGGCCAAACAACUCGUCUGCAGUGCGCAGGCAGGACCGUGCAGCCAUUUUCAGUCCUUACUUCAACGGACGGGAUGGCCUCCGAACCGCACACCAGGGACCGUCGGGAGGCGCUUCUGCGUCGGUUGACACGCACACUGUCAUCCGCGCCAAGGGGAUCAGCAUAUCCAACUACAAGUGGGAUGUCAGCCUCAGCGACGAUCCCGACGAGAACGACUACCGGAGAACGUUGUUGAGGGAGCCCGUCGGAGUGGAGGGCUUCUAUCUAGACUACGACGGGACCAAAUUUGCCCCGGUCAGCACCUACAUCGAGAUCGAGUUCUUCCGCGGCGAGAUGGAAAUCCACAAACUGCCUGUCUUCCCGACUCGGUUCCUCCAAAACGAAGAGAGCCUGUUUAUGCAACUCCGUGACAGGGGCCAGCAGUUCCGCGACCUCGUCACCAAGGCCCGCGGCGGUCGGGACGCCUUCUUCGCUCACGACGGCUGGUCGAGGACCACGACCCCUCUAGGGAAGCCCAUCACAAUGACACGCCAGGCGGUCAGCUCGUCGUGGCUGCACGACACCUUCCGCGAGACCAUACGCGAUGCCAUGGGUGUCGGCCCGGCGGCCGAAAUCCAGCCCGAGUACAUCUCGAGCAACAUCAUCGUGGAUUUUCAGGAAGCUUACCAGACCAUUCCCGCCUGGCGACCCGACUUUGACACUUCCAAGUCCCGCGUCGAUACUAUGCCCGACGUCCUGUUCGAUAGCUUCUCCAUCAUGUGCUGGGCCGAUGAGAGCCGGGAGGAGGAAGUCACCGCAAGAGUGCGCGAGUUGGUUGUUGCCGACGACCGCGUGGCGAGCGUCCUGUGGAACAACCUGGUACAGACUGAUCCGUUUAGCAGCAGCGAUCCUAACGAUGACACAGCGGCGGAAAAGCAGAUAUUUGAGGACCGUGAUCUUGUCCUGCUUCCCUCAAGGGUCAUGGCCUACUCAUUGCGCGACAGGAAAUUCUUCAACGCCGACGUGUCCUCCAUACGAGAAAUCACCUGGCCACCGGAGGAUACGAGCCCAUUCAACCUGCUCAAAAUCAACCAAAAACACAAGGACAUGAUCCUCGCCAUCGUUCACGAACACUUCGACAAGAAGACGUUGGCCGCGCAGCUGCAGCAGCUCGCCGCAUCCCACGGCAACAAAGGGGGCGGCGGCGGUGACCUUGAACUGACUCUGCCAGACCAGGACUUCAUCAGGGGCAAGGGCCAAGGCCUGGUGAUUCUGCUGCACGGCGCGCCGGGGGUGGGUAAGACCGCCACAGCCGAGGCUGUCGCCCUCUCACGCCGGCGGCCGCUGUUUCUGAUCACUUGUGGUGAUCUCGGGACCACCCCUGAAACUGUCGAGGGAGGACUGAAGCAGAUCUUCCGCCUGGCUAGCCUGUGGGAUUGCAUCUUACUCUUGGACGAAGCGGACAUCUUCCUGUCCCAGCGAGAGAGAGGCGACGAGAGCAUCACUCGCAACGCUAUGGUGUCAAUCUUCCUCAGAACACUCGAGUACUACCCAGGGAUCCUGUUCCUGACAACAAACCGCCCCGGGGUGCUCGAUGAGGCAGUCAAGUCGCGGGUGCAUGUCAGCCUAAACUACCCGGCCUUCACCCUAGAUCAGACGCUCGAGCUGUUCAAAAUGAACAUCGGGCGGCUCGAGGACAUCGAGAAGGCGCGGGUCAAGGCGCGGCGGGCGAGCAAGGGGUCCGCCAACCGGAUGAUGACGAUCCGCAAAGACGAGAUCCUAAGGUUUGCCAGGAAGCACUACGACGGCGAAAAGUCGCUACGGUGGAACGGACGGCAGAUCCGCAACGCCUUCCAGAUCGCCGCGUCGCUAGCACACUUCCAGCAGCGGGAGCGGGCCCCGGAGGAGACCGACGGCAACGGAUCCUCCCGCCAUCGAUCGGACCGGGCCCGGGACGCGCCCCCCUACAUUGGCAAGAAGCACUUCAAGCAGGUCGCCGAGGCCACGGCCGAGUUCGACCGGAUGCGGCGGGAGCUGCACGACAUGUCGGACAGCGAGCUGGCCUACAGGCGCGUCGAGCGCGCAAAGGGCCCCGACCCCAAACCGGACGACCCGUACCACCACGGCAGCAGCAGCAACCGGCCCAGGCGGGGGGCCCGCGCCCAUCGCGAUGACGGGAGCCGGCACCAUCGGAGCGCACGGUCGGGCUAUUAUGACGAUGACGACGACGACGGGUACUACGGCAACGGGGUGUGGCCCGAUGAGCGCACCUCCAGACGCGGCGGCGGAAGAAGAGGGUACGCGGAGGACGGGUUCGCCGACCCGCCCCUGCCGCGGCGCGACAGGCAUCGGGACGGGUCGCCGCCGUACGAGCAUGACCGCUACAACGACCCCCGUGACCGCCAUGCCGACCGGGCUUUGUCUGCUUCCGAGUCACCCUCUGGGUCGAGGUCGAGGGCGGGUUCUAGGUCGAGCUCCCGCUCGAGCUCUCCACCGGAGGCAGAGGCGCGACACCAUGCUCGUGAUGGGAAUACAAAGAAGCGAGAGUCGACGAAGACUUCGGGUGGCCGGGACUCGGGGCGGAGGGAGGGAGGGAAAUCGGGCCCGGGUGGGGAGGUGGACAAGUACGGACGACGUCGGGCGGAAUAG